AAUUCAGCAAUGCUGUAGCUGUAAAAGCUGUAAUAGAAAAUCAACCCACAACCUCUUGGGGCAGCGAUCCUCUGGCGUGGUUUUCAGGCGCCCUUCCCUGGGGCCGGGAGCAGCCCCGCUCCCCCCACGGCUGGCGCAGAAUGUGGUGAUCCGGCCCGGGGCGGGGAUGACUUCAUGCGGCCGGAGCUCGGCGGCGGGAGCGGUGGCUGCAGCUGGCAGGUGGGGCGCAAGCUGACUGAGCACUCGGCGGGCGCGGUGGGACUGCGGCCCGUGGCGGCGGGCGCGGGGACCUGCGCUGACUCGGUACAGGGAAGUUUCCUGACUUUCUGAGAAGCCCUGGUUUCCCCACAGAAGCGAUUUCUGAUAGAAAUCUGGAGGUCAUCUCCAAGAAAAAAGAGAUCGAGUAUAGUCAAUGAAUUAAAGACAAGAAGGUUUCCAAUCAGUCCCUGCUAUGUGGAUAUUUGGUAGCAAUGACUGAUGUGGAAACUACCUAUGCAGAUUUUAUUGCUUCAGGAAGAACAGGUAGAAGAAAUGCUAUACAUGAUAUCCUGGUUUCCUCUGCAAGUGGCAACAGCAAUGAAUUAGCCUUGAAAUUAGCAGGUCUUGAUAUCAACAAGACAGAAGGUGAAGAAGAUGCACAACGAAGUUCUACAGAACAAAGUGGGGAAGCCCAGGGAGAAGCAGCAAAAUCUGAAAGCUAACACCCCACUUUGACCCUCGGCAACAUCUGACAAUGUCUCAAAUCUCCAGGAGUGUCUGGAAUGCAUUUGUUUCCAUGAGUGAAAAGAGGAAAAAGAAAAUGGCUGUGCUGCAUUGCAGGAACCUGCUCGUUAUCAUGUUAAAAAUGGGGGCAGAGGCUGUGGCUGCAGGCAGACUUUUCCCUACCUCUGUCAUUAGCAAUGGUUGAAAUCAUGUGGCUUUUGUUUGGGCGUCAUUUUUGUAUGGAUCCUUUCACUUGAUCAUAUGAUGAAAUGCUUAUAGAGAGUAGCACCGACCUAGAUGAUGAUUCUUCCUGUAGCAUCUGGCCCCUCACAAUGUCAGAGGAUUUAAUUGUGUCUAAUUGCGAAGGGUUGAUUGAACACCAGAGUUUAAAUAUCUCUGGCUCAAGUGUUCACCCAGUAAAAGAAAGAUCCAGAAAGCACUGUUUUUAGCAUUAUGUAUCUGUGUGUUACUGCUGUGUUAUUUACACUGUUUUGUAUUAUACAAUAUAGAUGCUCAGCACUGCCCCCUUCUCUGAUUGCUUAUGAAAAACAAAAUGAUGUACAUUACUGUGAAUUUUUAUACCAAUCAUUUUUAAAAGGGCUGUCUUUUUUUUUUAUUUUCCAUGCUGUGGUGGUGUACACAGGAUAGAACAUACUUUUUAAAAACAGUCUUUCCCCUUGCUCAUUGUAUGUUGAUGAGUUGAUUAAGUCUAACAGAUUUAUCAAAACUCUAUUGCUAUAUUAGACAGACAUUUGAAAAUAUCCAUUAAUGUGAAUAUUACCUGAAUUCAGUCUGUUUGGUGUCUGCACAGACUGAAAUUCAAUCUGUCAAUUUUGUUUUAUUCUCAAGUGGAGAACUUCUCACAUCUAAUAUAUAUACAUGUAUGUAUAUGAGAAUUUUGGACAAUUGGAAAAGUAUAAAGGAAAAGCCAAGAUCACACUGAGGACUGGAAGUAGUUUGUUUUAUGGAAUCAAAUUUCUCACAAUGCUGUAUGAUACUAUUUAAAUUUGGAGGACAACUUAUCUUCACAAAGCUGAAUAAGGUGGAAAAAGUAAUCUCCUUGCAAUCAUGUGGACACCAAUCACAAAAGCAAAGCCCUGGUGUUGUGUUUUCAUGUCUUUUUUCAGCCCUCUCAGAUCCAAAUGUUAUUAUGCACUUUUUAAUGUUUGUAAACUUUUACUAAUAAUUAGUGUGAAUUGCAUUCUGAUACAAUAAUGAUUAUCAUUAGAAGCUAACAAAAUUCUUGUUACUACUGUGUUUGAUAGCCUCUGCUGUGUUUUAACAUCGUGGUUCUUAUAUGGAAAGUUUUUGUGAGCUGUGUAAUGCCUCUGGUCAGUAUUAUGAAAUCAUUUGUCAGUGGUAAUAAAUAAGGAACCAGUACUAUGCCAAUGGUUCAUGAAUUACUGGACAAAUAGCAGACAAUGGGAGACACUUUACAGCAACAAACCCCCUUAGCUGUCCUUGAGGACUUAGAUACUGUUCCAUAUGAAGUAGGUAGAGCAGAAUUUCAAUAGGUAAUCUGUGUGGUUGUGCCAGAAACUCAGCUUUUCUAUGUAAAAUUACAUACAGGAUAAAAGGUAAGUCUGCUCACAUCUCCUUCUACAGGACACUUCAAAUGACUGGAAGUAAGGGCAUGGGUGGCAUUUAGCCCUCAAUCAGAUACUACUAGAAAAGAAGUUAAUAAUGUCAGCCUUUCCAAGAGCAGGAAGAGGAAAGAUUAAAUUUUAGAAUGCUAUCCUUCUAUCUAAUCCAUCAGGGGCCAAAAUGCCCAGUAAAAUUCACUUGAUCUUAGCCAAAAGGCCAAGAAGCGAUGUACCCAGUAAAAUUCAAACACAUCACCCAUUAACAGACUCACAAGUGAGAAAAGAGGUUUCUAGGGUUAUUUUAGGCAAUCUCUGGUAAUCUGUUUAAACCAUCCAACUUCUACAGUCAGUUUUCAGUAUCCUCAUUUAAUAUUUUAAUAAGUUUCUUGUGAAUCUAAAUUUCUCUUCUUUCUUAAGGUUGUGAAAUUCCAAACUGAUUUUAUGUGAUUUUGUAAAGUUUAGAACCAGUGCUGAGUAUAUGUGGAAGGUUUAUGUUCCUAUGUGAUAUACUAUUAUUCAUGCAUGUGGUGCCAUGCUUGUCUUUGAAUAUACAAAUAGUGCUAAAUUGCAAAGUCA